AUGGUGUGUGAUGGCGGUAAUAAAGGCCACCAGGUUGGCUGGUUAGAUCAUGGCUGUAUGGUGUGUGCAGGCGGAAAUAAAGGCCACCAGGUUGGUUGGUUAGAUCAUGACGGUAUGGUGUGUGAUGGCGGUAAUAAAGGCCACCAGGUUGGUUCGUUAGAUCAUGGUCGUAUGGUGUGUGAUGGCGGUAAUAAAGGUCACCAUGGCUGUAUGGUGUGUGCUGGCGGAAAUAAAGGCCACCAAGUUGGUUGGUUAGAUCAUGGCCGUAUGGUGUGUGAUGGCGGUAACAAAGGCCACCAAGUUGGUUGGUUAGAUCAUGGCCGUAUGGUGUGUGAUGGCGGUAAUAAAGGCCACCAAGUUGGUUGGUUAGAUCAUGACUGUAUGGUGUGUGAUGGCGGUAACAAAGGCCACCAAGUUGGUUCGUUAGAUCAUGGUCCUAUGGUGUGUGAUGGCGGAAACAAAGGCCACCAAGUUGGUUGGUUAGAUCAUGGUUGUAUGGUGUGUGAUGGCAGUAACAAAGGCCACCAAGUUGGUUGGUUAGAUCAUGGCCGUAUGGUGUGUGAUGGCGGAAACAAAGGCCACCAAGUUGGUUGGUUAGAUCAUGGCCGUAUGGUGUGUGAUGGCGGAAACAAAGGCCACCAAGUUGGUUGGUUAGAUCAUGGUUGUAUGGUGUGUGAUGGCGGUAACAAAGGCCACCAAGUUGGUUGGUUAGAUCAUGACUGUAUGGUGUGUGAUGGCGGUAACAAAGGCCACCAAGUUGGUUGGUUAGAUCAUGGUUGUAUGGUGUGUGAUGGCAGUAACAAAGGCCACCAAGUUGGUUGGUUAGAUCAUGGCCGUAUGGUGUGUGAUGGCGGAAACAAAGGCCACCAAGUUGGUUGGUUAGAUCAUGUUGUAUGGUGUGUGAUGGCGGUAACAAAGGCCACCAAGUUGGUUGGUUAG